AACGCCUGAGACCCAGAGCUACAGCAGCAAGCACUCGCCAGGGCCCCAGACUGCAGGGGGAAAUUUUCCGGCUGUUGCAGCUGCGAGGAUCCGCUUGCCAUGCAGGGAGGAGAAGCUGAAGGGGCAAUGCCAGCCGGGGCCACUCUGCAGGUCCCGGUGACGUUUGAGGACGUUGCCAUCUAUUUCUCCCGGGAGGAGUGGGAGAUGCUGGCAGAGUGGCAGAAGGAGCUGUACCGGGACGUGAUGAAGGAACACUAUGACAAUCUGAUUUCCCUGGGCCAGGCAGGCACCAAGCCUGACGUUUUAUCCCGGAUCGAACAAGGGGGAGAGCCGUGGGUUGUGGAUCAGAAGGAGGAAAGAGAGAGGCUGGAAUGCACCUCGCUUGCUUCCACAACGCCUUAUUGGCCCUUUCCAAUUCAUCCAAAAUGCAGCUGCUAAGGGCCAGGAAGCCAUGGAGGAAAGCACGGACUUCACUUCUGGAAAUGAUCACGAAAUUGCCAGAGAGCUCUGGGGGAGGGAUAGCCCAGUGGUUUGAGCAUUGGCCUCCUACACCCAGGGUUAUGAAUUCGGGAGUCCCUAUAAAUGAUGAAGGCUGGGAGCUGCAGGAGUGUGAGGUAAAUAUGCCUCAGCUACUUCCUACUUCCGGGAAAUAAAAUUGUCACCAGAAUAAGACAAAUGAUGACAGCCGCUCGAGAGAGGGAUUCUAGAUGGAUGCCCGGCUGGUGAAAGGCCAGGAACUUCCAAGCAUUUAAUGUUGUUGGGAUUAAAGGGAUGAAGUUGUUGCCUGUGACUGGAUCCUGUACAGAGGACACCAUGCUAAGCAUACUCAAUACCGUCCAUCUGGGCAGUGAGUAAUGUAAGAGUAGAGCCUGAUAUAGCUUGUCUGGUCUGACCUCCAUCUAAACAAGAGAUCGGCAACCUUUGGCACGCGGCUCGCCAGGGUAAGCACCCUGCCGGGCCGGGCUGGUUUGUUUACCUGCCAUGUCUGCAGGUUGGGCCGACUGCUGCUCCCACUGGCCGCAGUUCGCCGUCCCAGGCCAAUGGGGGGCUGCGGGAAGCAGCGGCCAGCACAUCCCUCAGCCCGUGCCGCUUCCCGCAGUCCCCAUUGGCCUGGAGCGAUGAACCGUGGCCAGUGGGAGCUGGGAUCGGCCGAACCUGCCGACGCGGAAAGUAAACAAACUGGCCCGGCCCGCCAGGGUGCAAAGGUUGCCGAUCCCUGAUCUAGACUGUACGUUUACUAGCUGGCUGUAUUAGCUGGCGGUGGUUGUUUUGGGAUGAUAUUAUAUUUUAUUUGCGUUUGAUUUUCAAAAGGAAAAAAAUAGGAAUUUUAACAGUACCACUGAAAUCAGCAGAUACUGGCGCUUGUCAUGUGGUGGGGGAUUCUCUUUUGUACUAGAUUGGGGCUAGGAAAUAAAAAUCAGUCUCUUGCCAGC